AUGAAGCUUCUGCCGCAACAGACUCGAGUGGUUCUGUGGCUCCUCUUUCUGAUCUCCGAAUGCAAGUCUCACGAAAAUCUCGUUGACGACUCUUCAACCGAAGAUCUAUUGAACUCGGUGUCCCCGUCAGCAGAAAUAUCCGCGUGCUCAAAUUUGCUCAGCAGGUCCCAGCGUCAAUUAUGUAGAUCUCAUCCCAUGCAUCUGAGUUUGCUGGAGGAAGGCAUCCUGAGAGCUGAGAAGUUAUGCAAAAGGCUCCUUGAGAACGAUAGAUGGAAUUGCUAUUCUGUGAGGACCGGGCCCGCUGGUUUGACGCACACUUUGAAAGAAGGGAGCCGGGAGGCAUCUUUCGUAGAAGCUCUUUCCGCCGCAUCGAUGACUACAGCUCUCGCGAGGGCCUGCGCUCGCGGCUCGCUCUCAGAUUGUCCUUGCGAGCAUUCCUGGCCCGGAAACCGUCCGUCCGGAGUCGAAAACCACAAAUGGGAGGGUUGUUCCUUGGACGUGAGAGCCCCAAUGAAGUUUGUACGGAAAUUCUUGGACACCGAUCUGCAAAAGUCGCAGCAUCCUUCGAGUCAGAUGACAUUGCACAACUACAACGCUGGAAGACUGGCUCUGAAGCUGGUGCGCAAGCUCGACUGCCGAUGCCAUGGAACGAGUGGUUCUUGCACAUUCAAGACCUGCUACAAACGAUUCGGAACCUUUGAAGAAAUAGGUCAGCACAUCCUCAAACGAUACCGGAACGCGCGUCACGUUCACAUGAAUGCCACGCAUUCAUGGGUCGAGGUUGAGAAUGGACCGAACUCAAUAAACUCGCUCACUGAAAAUCGCGCCGUCGUCAAACAUCUCCCCCACCUGCGACGGCACGCAAAACAGCGGAUAAAACGCAGAGACCUCAUUUUCGUGUCGAAUGCUACCGACUACUGUAACUAUGAUCCUGCACAAGGCUCUCUCGGAACCGCCGGACGCAGAUGUACAGAAGAAAACGCAGAGUAUCUAUGUUGCGGCAGAGGCUACGUCGAGAAGUUCGAGAUCAAGAGGGAUUACUGCCAUUGUAGAUUCACGAACGGGUGCUGCAACCUAGUAUGCAAGACAUGCUAUACUCCGGUGAAGUUCGGUUCGUGUAACGACUGAACUCUCUUCGCCGAUCCCCGGCCCUUCGGAGAAUUGUUUCACUGCAACCAGCGAUUCCCACGAUCGUGUUCGAUCAGAAUCUGUCUCAGAAGAGUCAGGGACUGUCCGUUCACGAACGGCGCG